CUAAUUGUUGCACCUACCUUCAAUGCAUCUCUCAUUGGGAUGGGGACGGUAGGGCUUCCACUCCAGCCCAAAUUUGGCAAUGUCGAUUUCAAGGCUUAUCACAUCGACUUCAGAAACUUAGCUGCCAACUAUGCCAUAUCACAGGCACUUGUCACCGAUAUUUCAUAUGCAAAAGCUUCAUUUUAUGGCUGCAACUUUGCCAGCUACCAAGACGCCUGGUAUACGGGUCGAAACACGAGCACAUACGUUAAGGGUGGUACGAUCUAUGGUGAGACAAACUAUGUCUUCGGUUUUGGCACCGUAUGCUUCGAACAAGUCACUUUUGCGAAUCGGGGUUGUGGGGGUGCUUUAGUGGCAUGGAAGGGCACAAAUAAAUCUGAUCGGACGGGCACAACCCCCAUCACCCCUGGUAACCACUAUGAUGCCUACAUCAGCAACUCACAGAUCAUAAGGAGUCCAGAUGCCAACACAACGCUGGACCUCACCAGCAAGUGCUAUCUGGGACGGCCCUGGAAUGAUGAUGCAACGACUGUAAUUAUUCGGACUUAUAUGGAUGACACUAUCAAUGCAACUGGCUUUAUUCCUUUGAGUGGUAGGCCACAAGUCAUACUCAACCCGACUUAUUACGCAGAACAUGGGUCAUAUGGUAGGUGUCCGGGUGGAAAUAUAUCCCAGCAUGCUUCAGCAGACCAUGUGUUAGACGCCGCUCGA